AUGAGCAUCGAUCAAAACCUACCGAUAGCCACAGCCCGAAGAAUAAUACAAACCAACAGCAGCAGCACGAGCUACGCACAAGUGGCAAAGCAGAACACAUCCCAGUCGAAUGAUGGACGAACACAAUACGAAAAUUUAGCACCGCAACAAUCGAACCAACAGCAGCAGCAAAAACAACAACAACAACAACAAGGAAACCAACAGCAGAACAGCCAACAGAAACGAACGAGACCGGACAAUACUACACAACCUCAACAAGCAGUAACCGAUGUUUCAAAGCAAAAACAAAAAUUGGACACCGAAUCACCCCCCCGGAAACGAAACCCCAUCUUAGCUCAGACCUCACCUCCAGCACCUUCAAGCCGUGAAGGAGCUAGUGAUGUUGAGUGUACUGAUCCCAAUUCUAUCCCCCCAGGAGGAACUCGAUCAACGCGUAGUCGAUCACGCAUCGAAAUAAAAAAGUGA